AAUGAUAUCUAGAAAUUGGUAGGCUUGCGAUCACCAAAGUCAGUAAUCAUAACCUUUCCUUCACAUGAUAAAAAGUGAUUCUUUCAAUCUUUUUCGUUUUUAUUGAAGCUAAUGGCGAAGAGAUUGCCAUUGAUUUUUCUCCUCGCCAUACAUUUGUUCGUAACGGGAUCAGUAUUGUCAAUGAGUAUAGUUACUAUAGAGAAUAAAUGCGAUUACACAGUUUGGCCAGUUAUCUUCUCAUGGAAGUCACCGAUCUCCCCAACCGGCUUCGCCCUCAGAAGCGGGGAGGCGCGUAGCUUACAGGCGCAGCCAUCGUGGAACGGUCUUAUAUCUGGUCGGACGCUCUGCUCAACCAACUCAAGUGGAAGUUUCACGUGCGCCACAGGAGACUGCAAAUCCGGCAAGAUGGAGUGUCCCGGCACAUACAGUUGGGCUGACGUGACUUAUGUCUACUUAAAUAACAAUGACAGUGGAUUCAGCAGCUACACCAUCAGUCUCGAGUUCGGCUACAACCUUCCGGUAAUGGUUGUCCCGUCACAUAGUAGCGGGACAUGUAUCAGCUCUGGUUGUGUGGUUGAUCUGAACAAGACGUGUCCAGAUGAUCUUAAGUUGUUCAACGGGGGGAACCAAGUCGGUUGCAUAAGCGCGUGUCGGAAAUACCGUAGCAAGGAGAUUUGCUGCCUUAAUGACUUCAGAUCAAGGCAAAAUUGCAAACCGACAGAGUACACACUCAACUUCGAGCGGGUUUGUCCAACCGCCUAUAGCUACCUUUACAAUGAUAAUAGCAGCAAGGUCAUAUGCCCUAACUCAACUGACUUCGUAGUCACGUUUUGUCCAUCCUCGAUUCCUAAUACCACCAGCAGAAGCUCGAUGGCUCCAUUACGACCAAAACAUAAUUCUCAACAGAAGUUAAAACCCAUACUCGGUGGCUCAGCUGCUUUAUUUUUCUUGAUGAUCAUUAUCGUUGGGACUGUAGUAAUGGUGAGAGCAAGGAAUAAGAAAAAUUCGAACUACGAGAACGUUGAUGCGGUUGUAAUGUUGAAACGAUAUAGUUAUAAAAACGUCAAGAAGAUGACAAACUCAUUCGCUCAUGCUAUCGGGAAAGGAGGAUUUGGAACUGUCUACAAGGGAAAAUUACUGGAUGCCAGUGGCCGCGAUAUUGCACUAAAGAUCUUAGAGGAUGCAAAGGGUGAUGGAGAUGAUUUCAUCAACGAAUUAGCUAGCAUGAGUAUAGCAUCUCAUGUCAAUAUCGUUUCUCUGUUUGGAUUUUGCUAUGAAGGAAGCAAGCGAGCUAUAAUUUACGAGUUCAUGCCAAAUGGAUCUCUUGACAAGUUUAUUUCCGAGGAUAUGUCAACGAAGAUGGACUGGAGAACUUUAUACAACAUUGCGCUAGGUGUUGCUCAUGGGUUAGAGUACUUGCACAAUAGUUGUGUGUCCAAGAUUGUGCAUUUCGAUAUAAAGCCACAAAAUAUACUCAUGGACGCAGAUUUUUGUCCCAAGAUUUCGGAUUUCGGUCUUGCUAAGCUCUGCAAAAAAAAUGAUAGUAUCAUAUCAAUGUUAGGAGCAAGAGGGACAGUAGGGUACAUUGCUCCUGAAGUGUUUACUCAGAGCUACGGAGGAGUUUCGCAUAAGUCGGAUGUGUAUAGUUAUGGAAUGGUGGUUCUUGAGAUGAUCGGGGCGACGAAAAGAGAAGGAUUUGAAAACUCAGCGUCCAAUAAAAGUACAAUGUACUUUCCAGAUUGGAUCUAUGAGGAUCUUGAGAGGAAAGAAACCAUGAGAAUUUUAGAAGAUCAUGUAAUUGAAGAAGAAGAGGAGAUAGUGAAGAAAAUGACAUUAGUGGGUUUGUGGUGUAUUCAGACCAAUCCAGGUGACCGUCCACCAAUGAAAAAAGUCGUUGAAAUGUUAGAGGGAAGUCUAGAAGCUAUAGUGGUUCCUCCUAAACCUAUCUUGGCUUUACCCGCUGUAAUGGCUUGGGAAACUACCGAUGAGAGUCAAGAGACAUCUAGUCUUUUGACAUCAAGCCAGUAUUCAGUCAGAAUAAGUGGUCAGAAAUUGACAUUUUAAUUUGUUGUGAAAUUAUAUGCAUUUCCUUAUCUCAAAAUGUAAAUUAUGUAAUAGUAUACUUGUCAAUG